AUGUGUUUGAUGGUCCGUCUCUUAUCGAGUGCUGUAAUUGUUGCCCUUUCCCGAGCGGCAAUCGCUGAUUGGCUUGUGCCUGGUUUAGCUUGGAGUUCCCAGGUCAACUCGAAACCAUUGUUCAAGAAGAUCUUGAUUUCUAAUCGUGGUGAAGUGGCUUGUCGAAUCAUUCGCACGGCCAGAAAGUUAGGCGUCAAAACUGUGGCCAUUUACUCUGAUGCAGAUCGAGAAUCGCGACAUGUGAAAAUGGCUGACGAGGCCUAUCGAGUUGGCCCGGCUCAAUCAACAGACAGCUACUUGAAUAUCGAAAAGAUUGUGGAACUUUGUAUCCGGAGUGGUGCCCAAGCUGUUCAUCCUGGCUGGGGUUUUCUGUCGGAACGUGCCGAGUUUGCCGAAAAGUUAAAGCAAUCCGGAAUUGUAUUUAUUGGUCCCCCCAGUUCGGCCAUCAUUAGUAUGGGAUCCAAAAGUCAAUCGAAAGAGAUCAUGAUUUCGGCUGGAGUGCCCUGUGUUCCAGGCUACCAUGGUAAAAAUCAGGACCCCGGAUUUUUAAAGAGUGAAGCAGAUAAAAUGGGAUAUCCGGUUCUGAUCAAAGCCAUAAAGGGUGGCGGUGGAAAAGGGAUGAAAAUUGUCUUUGAGCCGUCCGAAUUUCAAUCUCAAUUGGAAAGCGCCCAGCGAGAAGGCGAGCAAAGCUUUGGUGAUGGUACCGUGCUCCUGGAGAAAUAUUUGCUCAAUCCGAGGCAUGUGGAGGUUCAGAUAUUUGGCGACCUGCAUGGAAACUAUGUCUAUCUCUAUGAGCGGGAUUGCUCUGUGCAAAGAAGGCAUCAAAAAAUUAUCGAAGAGGCUCCUGCACCAGGUCUAAGUUUGGAACAAAGAACAAAACUUGGUGAAAAGGCAGUGGCUGCAGCUAAAGCUGUUCAGUACGUGGGCGCCGGUACGGUUGAGUUCAUAUUAAUGUCGACUGGAGACUUCUAUUACAUGGAAAUGAAUACCAGAUUGCAAGUAGAGCACCCGAUCACCGAAAUGAUUACUGGUCAAGACCUGGUCCAGUGGCAAUUGGAAAUCGCAUCGGGAAACCCUAUUCCGUUACCGCAAAGUCAAAUACCAUGCAUUGGCCACGCUUUUGAGGCUCGGAUCUAUGCUGAAAACCCUCGACGAAACUUUUUGCCAGACGUUGGCCCACUCAUUCAUGUUAAGACACCCAAGGAAAGUAAAUCAGUUCGAGUUGAAACUGGUGCAGAAAGUGGAGACGAGAUAAGCGUUUACUAUGACCCCAUGAUUGCCAAGUUGGUUGUUCAUUCACCGAAAGACAGAACUUCAGCACUUACUCUUUUGCAUAAAAAACUCGAAGAGUAUCAAGUCGUCGGACCGUCCACAAAUAUUGAAUUUCUCAAGAGUCUCAGUAGUCAUCCGGCCUUCAUAGCUGGUGAAGUGGAAACCGGCUUUAUCGAAAAACAUAACGAACAACUUUUCCCACCUUUGUCUGACCGGCCUCCAGAAGAAACUCUCAUUAAUGCGACCAUUUGUUCUGCAUUGCAGGAGAUUAAAGCCCGGCAACGGAGAGCAUCAGCGGGACAAGCAAACAAUCCUUGGGACACGCUGCAUGGAUGGAGACUUGGGGGGCAAAAAAUCUCUCGCCAGUAUGAGUUUAACAUGAUGCCGGCUGAUUCUUUAUCGCCUAACAGUUUACCCUUAUUGGACCCCAUGGGAUUGCCAAUCGUCGGACCGUCCACAAAUAUUGAAUUUCUCAAGAGUCUCAGUAGUCAUCCGGCCUUCAUAGCUGGUGAAGUGGAAACCGGCUUUAUCGAAAAACAUAACGAACAACUUUUCCCACCUUUGUCUGACCGGCCUCCAGAAGAAACUCUCAUUAAUGCGACCAUUUGUUCUGCAUUGCAGGAGAUUAAAGCCCGGCAACGGAGAGCAUCAGCGGGACAAGCAAACAAUCCUUGGGACACGCUGCAUGGAUGGAGACUUGGGGGGCAAAAAAUCUCUCGCCAGUAUGAGUUUAACAUGGUGCCGGCUGAUUCUUUAUCGCCUAUGAGCCCACCCUGCUCGGUCAACUUGGGAUUCUCCGGUGUCGGCAAUUCAUCAAGAACAGUGGAUUUCGAUAUCAACCUUGCUCCACUCGAAUCUGAGGGCAAUGAAUCCUCUCAUCAAGUGAAAACGUACUUGGAUACUGCUAGUAACUCUGACAAUACAAUUACUUCGAUUGUUAAUGGCAAGCGGGAUGUUGUCGUGCAUGUUGCGCAAGGCGAUCACUCGGGAGCCUUCAGCAAAAGGCAUCACGUUUUUAGUGGUGACACUGUUACGUCACUGGGGAUCCCAUGGCCGAGGUGGAUAAAGGAUUCGAAAGGAGAGGAAUCCGACAUGGGUCUUGCUGGUAACGCAGUUCAGGCGGUCAUGCCUUCGAAAGUCAUCAAGGUGAUGGUGGCUCCAGGCGAUAAGGUCAAAGCUGGCGACGGACUCAUUGUGGUGCUGAGGGCCUCGAAGGACGGAACCGUUUCCGAUGUUAAAGCUCAAGUUGGCGAUAUGGUCAAGCAAGGCGAGACUCUGGUGGUCUUAUCCCCAGAAGAAUAA